GUGAUCAUGAGUCUCGACGAGCUGUUCCCGUCCGUUCUCCCGCCGCCGACGUCGCAUCUCUCCCCGGGACGUUGGCCAGGGAUUGACCAGAGCUCGACGACAUAUCUGGCGAAUACGCUCAAGGAUAACCACGAGAAAUGGCAUAUCUUCUUCAAUGAUCGAGGGUUCCACAACCAUACUGCACAUCGCCUGCUCGCCCUCUGGACGUUGGGAGGGAAUGGAGAAUUGAUCGAAGCGGCGUAUGAACAGGACAAGAAGUCUCAACGGGACGCGUUCAAGUCACCCUCUGAGAUCACUACCGACAAUUUCACCGAACACCUCGGCGACGAGAGGUAUUACAAUGCAUACGUUAACUUCUUCGUCGAUGCCAUCAAGAAGAACGGCGCGAAGGAGACACUCGAGACCUACAUAUUCUCGCACAAGUUCAACUUUGGCGGCAAGACUGCGGAGUCUCAUCCUCACCUCCUAAAUCGUUUCAUUGGAGGCCUCCUGCACCCAUUGAUUCAUACUGGUUACGGGAUCGAAUUCGGAAUACCGGGCAUUCUCGUCGAAGGCCUUGCUCAGACAUGCGUGCAUGCAGCGACAUCCCCUACUUUGAUGGUUGAGAGCCUGUUCGACCAAGGCCCACCGAAGAGCGCUUCUGCCUUUGCUCGAGUGACCUCCCUCCUGCCUUCGCUCUCCAUCUCCUCGACGACGUCACAACUACCCGUACCAACAUCUGCGAGCAAGACGCAUGCUUUGACGAUUCUUGCACGGGUACUCAAGGAUCCGUUGUUCUCUCCUCGUCGUCCGAGGGAUCUUGCGGAGUCAGCGGCCGACGUGCUAAACGACGAGGACCGCGUUAGCAAAAUCCUCGCCUAUACCGACGAGUGGCUCGGCGGAGCCGAGGGACAUAUUGAGGAGAAAUUGGAAGAGAUCGCCUGGACGAAUGUUUUGAUCUACGGCGUCGGCGGCUUCACCAAGGGCAAAGACUUCAAUGCCGACUUCUUCUUGAUGCACCUUGUCACAUCGUCCUUGUUCAUACCCUCUUUGGUGCUCGCUCUGAAACCCGCCUCGCAGCUCGCUCUCUUACAUGCGUACUUCGCAACCGUGCUUACAGAGUACGUCGGCCGCGGCCGUCCUGCGCUCGGUCUCGAGUCCUUCUACCACAACACAUCGACGGACAUUCUACCCCCCGAACAGAAAGAGCCCAUCACGGCACAAACAUUCGGCGCGCGGGGUGUGAAGACGGUGCCAAACCCGUGGCUGCCUCUCAUCCAAUCCGUGCUGGGCCACCCGGACGACCACGUUCCGAAGAUCCAGAGGGCGCUCGCGCACUACGCGACGCUGUACAGUCACCGGUACCCUGGCUAUUUCUCGAAGGCGCUCGAAGAUGCGGACGAGAAGCUACCGGGUCUCGAGCUGCUCGAUUCGACGUUGUUCGUUAGGGUCGCGGGCUUGACUAUGGAUAGGGUGGGAUGGGUGCGCGAGGGACAGCCUGAAGGAGGUUGGGAUAUGGCCGGUUUCUUCGAUGUUGUCUAAUCAUGAAUGAUGAGCUCAAGUUUUAUU